UGUUUUGGACCUUCACUGUCUGAGAUGAUAACUUCGUUUCUUUCUGCCAUAGUCUGUUGAUAUCCUGAUUCCUGAUUCUUCAAAAUAGUACGACUGCUUAAGGUUUGGCAACUUAGCCGUCAACAAACCAUCACUCUUAAUAUCAGCACGAACUUGACUCUUUACAAGUUAAACGCCAACUGAAAAGUGCGCACUAUCGUCUGUCAGUUUUAACAAGCAAGUGGGUGGUAAAAGCUUAAUGCAAGGUUAUCAAUUAGUGAAUCGUCCAACAACAAAUUAGUUAUUACUCUUUUGAGCGAGGGCUGGACCAAAAUGCAACCCUGGCGCUUCCAUUAAUUACCAUGGAGCAAUACAAAGACCAAACGUUUUAAGACACUAUACUUUAUUUUACCAAUAGGUAAACAAUUAAGUACACAGUAAUGACCCACAGUAGAGCAAUAAAGCGUUGUUUACUGUUGUAGCAGACGUCCAAAUGACUAAGACUUUGGCGGCAUCAUGCUCGUUGAAAUUAAAACGUUCUGUCGGUUUCAUAAUAUCUUGCAGGACGUUUUGUACAUGACAUAACGUCACAAUCUCAAACUGCGCCCUCACUUGGGCAAAAAGAGGCAGAUAAUUGGACGAGAACUGCUCUUGGUGUGUAACACUGAGUUUACGCAAAGGGUCUCAGAACUGUAGUGUGGGAGUCUUGCACGUAUUCUCAAAACAUUGGGACCUGUUAAAAUGAGCGAGUUUGUUUUCUUAGUGAUGUUAGUCCCUGAUGGUCAGUGGCCCUAUCAAUUGGCUAAACUGGUGAUAAUUCUGCACUACGGGUAUAUUCAGGCCUACUUAUUGUUUCAUCCAUUUGAGCAUCCAAUGGUUUCACUAACCAUGGACCAAGUAAUGCUCUAGUCAUAAAUAGCGUGCGACAGGUUUGCGAGUCAUUUACAAUGGAUUUCUAUUAGCCAUUUUCGGCAGGAGCCCCCGACGUGAAUCUGCGGCGCGCCGGUGUGGCAGGGGUCCCCGUUUACUUGCAGACAAGGUGUUACUGUUUAGAAAGUUAAUGUGUAAUGCUAAAUGCAAUUGGGCUGGUUACCUGAUUCUGCUAAGCAAUCUUAUUCCGUGUUUAGUUGUGCUUAUAAGAGGCUUUAUGAAAAUGGGCCAAGGGGAGUUAAAAUGGCACUUAAGACCCCGCGUUCGUCGUUUGCACUCUCACGGUCACUGCUUUUACCCAUUUCACUAUAAUUAUCGUUAGCUUAACGGCCACCCGCCUGUAACUAAUACAGUAUUCCCAGUGAACAUAUUUUAUUUAUAGCACAAAAAGCUGUCAUCACCACACAGAAUUAAGAAUGCUUCAUUAGUUGCACUAGGCUCGCUCACAGACUUUGUGAAAAAUUUACAGAUAAUGUAAAUAUUUUUCAAAAAAUCCCUUUUAAAAACUCCCUGUCUCAUGUCAUUACACAUGCGGUGAUAACAAGUAACAUAACAGUAGAAAAAAAACAUGUAACAAAACAAAAAAAACACCCAAAAUUAUUACCCACACACGCCAUAAUGGCGUAGAGUGACCCUUGAGGAUUUCAUGGUACCCCGGCCCGGCAAGAAAGGUACUUCAUCUGUAGAAACUUUCUAACCUUAAAAAUUCUAACGGUUAUUUUCAGACGUGUAGGCCUAAAUUUAAAAAAUAUGUUGUGUGUGCAAAUCAAUUUUAUCAAUUUGUUUACAAAUUUCCUUUAUUGGCAGAAUUCUGGUUGUACACAUCUUUGGAUAGUUUCUAUACUACUUUGAAUAGUUCUUGUAAUUUCUCAACAGUCCCUGUUCAACUUUCAUAAUCGUUUUUCUAAGGAUGUAUAAUAUUGAAGCAGCUAAAUAAAUGAACACUUUCCCUCAAUUUAACUAUAAAUUAAUCAGAAGACAACAAAGAGUAAAAGCCCACAGAAGGUCGAUCCGCUAAUUGGUUAAUAUCUACCAAUACACAUGCAUAUUUAAAAUCAGUCCAUGAGUGACAGCGCACCAAGUCACGGUUAAAGAGCAAGGAUUACGAUCCACUGCCAGCAAAGCUUUAACGAGCCGCUCGUUAAAACUAUAGAGAAAAGACUAUAUUGUUAAAACUAACCAUCGAUUUAGCGUACUGUUCAGUUGCCAUUUAACUUUUGCAGAGACAAGAUCGUCCUGAGUGACGGUUUGUUGACGGCUUAGUUUACCAAUCCUCAGGCAGUCGAUUUCCGAUUCAGCAGCAAGUCACAAAGGCAGACAAAAACGAGCAUUUCAGCCCGGAAAUGGAAGAUCCAAAACCAGCUAGUUUGGAGUUUGAGUUUGCAACAACUACGACACUUCAUGGGAUAAGUCGUGUAGCCGAGAGACGUGGUGUCCGGGGUAAAGCCCCUUGGGUGAUCGUCCUACUCGCGCUUGGUGGGAUUUACGCGGCCGUUACGUUCGAUCGCAUCAGGGCGUUUAUUAGAUUCGAAGCAAGCACCAGUGUUAUUGUCAAUUUCGUGCCGAAACUCGACUUUCCCGCCGUGACCGUUUGUAACUACAACCGGUUCAUGAGUUCUAAAAUUCAGGAAAAGGACAAAAAGCACGUAAAAAACCUCAUAAGAGUUUAUGACGAUUUUGAGGGGGACGACGAAGAUUCGGUGGAUGAUUGGGACGACUUCUAUUCGGAUGAUUCGUUUAACUACGCAGAAUUUGCUUAUGCAACUGGCUACUCAUUGGAAAGAUCAAUGCAUACGUGCAAAUGGAAAGGAGCGAAAUGUGGUGUAGAAAACUUCACAGAAUUCUACUCGCCGAGUUACGGACUGUGUUACACAUUUACCUCCCGCGGCAACCAAACCCUACCGGGGAUCGGGAACGGGCUUCAGUUGGUUCUGGACAUUGAGGAGAACGAAUACACCGAGACUGAACAAGGCAACACCGAAGCAGGAAUCAAAUUUGCAAUCCAUCCUCGCACUGAGUCUCCUGAAAUGGACACCACGGGGCUAUCAGCACCCCCUGGGUUUCAUACCUUUGUGUCCAUACGCCAGACACAUCAUCAGAACCUCCACAAACCGUGGGGAGUUUGCGGUAUCAACAAAGCUUAUCAACAAGACCCCACAAAUUAUAACAGGCUCACCUGUCUGUCUGACUGUCAAGCUUUUGCUAUCACCGACAACUGCUCUUGUCAGCUUUUUGGGACUCUCCAAGCGGACGGAGUACCUCUGUGUAAUAUCACACAGCUACCAUGCACCAAGAAGGCAUUGGAGCUCCAUCGUGCUAAGAUGGCGGAAGACAUAUGUGACUGCCCCGUAUCUUGUGACUACUUCACCUACGAACCCACGAUAUCUAUGGCGAGGUAUCCAAGCAAAAGUGUCCUUCAAAGUUCCGUUGGUUUUUACGCAAGCCGAGAGAACGCAUCGCUCUACGAUGAAGAAUACACCGCCAGAAGUUUAGUGUAUCUGGACGUGUACUACAACGAGUUGAGCACCACCACCUACAAGCAAGUAGAGGAUCUGCCCUUCACUGCGCUGCUGGGAGAGCUGGGCGGGCAGCUCGGGCUGUUUCUCGGCGCAAGUAUUAUCACCGCCGUGGAGUUUAUUGACUACUUGAUGAGACGGAUCAAACGCUUGUUUGUCAAAAAAGAGGCACCUAAAGUAACUGAAGUGCGUGCUUUCGAAAUGGAGUAAGUAAAGUAUACA